AUGUCGGCUUUUGUGAGCCUGUCACGCUUCUUCACUACCUCCUGGCCUCGCCCACGCUCCCUAGACUUCCCGGAAUCUGUUCUUGACAGUUCACCGAUAGACUUUGACGUGACAGAGGUGGAGCACAGUCUGUUGACGGUCGAAGACCCAGAAUUCCGUGAGCACCUGCUCUCUUCAAUUGAAACAGCAUCUCCCGAGCAAUUGCGCGCUCUCGUCGUUCAACUCGCUGACGAGAUACCUGAACUACAACGGUCUCUUAUCCAAUCGCUCGCCUCCUUGAAGGCAUUGUCAAAGGGGGUUUCGGAGGUCCUAAACAUUGACAGGAAGUCUGAUGCAGACUCAAGCGGGGCUUCAUUCAGCCUAGAGAGUGUGUCAACGGAGUCUGGAAGUUGCCCCAGCUGGAAGUCCGCCUGCUCGGUGAUUAAUUGGAACAUCAAUAUGGAGGAUGUCCCUGAGAUCGAAUCUGAGGUAAGCGUGGAUGUCGCAUCGUGCGCGCGCUGGGAUAUUUGCGUGAAUUGCGGGAAAAAAUUCGAUGUGAACGCGGUGCGCGGGCCGUUCGAAUGUUGCUAUCAUCCUGGGUUUCUCCAAAAAGAUGUUGAACGGCACAAACAACGCGAUCCCCGGUCGUACCCUGAGGACUUCAUCUGGAGGUGCUGUAACGAAAGCAACCCGGAGGGGUGCGAGACUGGCUACCAUAUACCUGCCGGAGACAUUGGGCUGCCGCGGUUGUCUUGA